GGACGGCCGCCACUGACGACGUCAGCGCUCCGCAGUGUCGCUCGCGCAGGCACGCACGCAGCGAGCGGCGGUGGAGAGACCCGCAGUCAGGCUGACAUUGAGUGAGAUGCAUCAUGGCCACUCCGACAUGCCUGGACCCAGACCUGGUGCGGGAGGUGCUGGAGUGCCCCAUCUGCCUGGAGACGUACAAUCAGGACCAGCUCCGACCCAAGCUCCUGCAGUGUGGACACUCGGUGUGCCGGCAGUGCCUCGAGAAGCUCCUGGCCAGCACCAUAAACGGGGUGCGCUGCCCGUUUUGCAGCAAGGUUUCCCGCAUGAGUAGCAUCUCCCAGCUUGCUGACAACCUCACGGUGCUAAAGAUCAUAGACUGCGCCAGCACCUGCAGCUCUGCAGCCGGCCUCAUGUGCAAGUCCUGCAAGAAUCGCCUGCCGCGGCAGUAUUGCUGCGAGUGCGGCGUGGUGCUGUGCGACGCUUGCAAGUGCGAAGGACAUCAGCAUCAGGGUCACAGCGUGCAGACCAUCCGCACGGCCGCUGAGCAGCGCAGGAAGGACCUUGGGGUGAAGCUGACCAACCUGCGAGAGGCCAUGGCCAACAUUCAGAAGAAGAAGGCAGCCAUAGAUAAUGUGUCCAAGUCUCUACGUCUCAAGUACAAGGCCGUGCAGCAGGAGUAUUCCAGGGCGGAGCUCCGGCUUCAGGAGGAGCUGGGCCGCUCGCGCCGUGCCUUCGCCGCCUCCAUGGCUGAGGUGGAGAAACUCAACGCUCAGAUUCUGGAAGAGCAGACAUACCUUCUGAACAUUGCAGAGGUGCAAGUGGUGUCCCGAUGCGACUACCUCACCAUGAGGAUCAAGCAGACGGACACUGCUUUGCUUGAAGAAGGUGGCGGAGAUGAUGACGAGGAAGAGCUUGAUUUGAAAAGCAGCCUUCCCGUCCUCUUGAAGCUGCAGGAUCCUGAAUUGGUCAAAACAGAGAACCCGCAGUCCCUAGACGUUGGUCAGCUGACUAUUAAACCUUGUACGGUGAACACAGAUGAAGAGGAUGGUUUGGAGAUAGCUGCCGCCGCUGAUGCCACUGCUGUUGCUGCUGCCACUGUUGCUGCCGCAGCCGCUGCUGCUCCUUUGCCCUUGUAUCGAGAUGUAGACAUGAUAACUGCUGUAGAAGAAGCCGUGUGUGCCUCACCUGGUAGCUUCAAGUCCAAGUCCGUGGAUGGAGGGGGACCCUCGCCUGGGGCAACAGGUGGCGCCUCCGGAGGUCAGCUUUGUCAGUUCGUCAAGAAGAUGGGAUGCAAAGGGAACCUCCCGGGCAUGUUCAACCUGCCAGUGAGCAUUUGCGUGACUCCACAGGGAGACGUGCUUGUGGCGGAUCGAGGCAACUACCGCAUCCAGAUAUUCAACCGCAAGGGCUUCCAGCGGGAGAUCCGCCGCAACCCUAGCAGCAUAGACAACUUUGUCCUGAGCUUCCUAGGUGCCGACCUGCCCAACCUCAUCCCUCUGUCCAUCGCCAUCACCCCUCAGGGUCUUAUCGGAGUCACGGACAACUAUGACAACUCUGUCAAGGUUUACACCACGGACGGCCACUGCAUCGCCUGCCAUAAGAACCAGCUCAUCAAGCCAUGGGGCAUAGCUGCCAUGCCUUCUGGACAGUUUGUGGUGUCGGAUGUGGAAGGAGGGAAGCUGUGGUGCUUGGCCGUGGAUCGUAACGUAGGAGUAGUGAACUACAACAGACUGUGCUCAGCUGUAAGGCCCAAGUUUGUGACUUGUGACUCCUCGGGAACGGUUUACUUCACCCAAGGCUUGGGCCUGAACAUUGAGAACAGGCACAACGAGCACCAUCUGGAAGGCGGCUUCUCCAUCGGCUCGGUGGGCACGGAUGGUCAGCUGGGGAAACAGCUCAGCCACUUCUUCUCCGAGACGGAGGACUUCCGCUGCAUCACGGGCAUGUGCGUGGACGCCAAUGGAGACUUGCUGGUGACGGAUAGCGGGCGCAAGGAAAUUCUGCAGUUUCCCAAAGAAGGUGGCCACAAUGUUCUGAUUCAGGAAGGUCUAACGUGCCCUGUGGGUGUUGCUGUUACGCAUAAAGGACAGCUGCUGGUUUUAGAUUGCUGGGACCACUGCGUCAAGGUCUACACGUACUUGCAGAGGCGACGUUCCUCGACUUGUUGAGGCUUCCGUUGGUUGUCCAAUCAAUCGCUCAAGACACGUGGAUAUGCUUGAUUUGAUUGGCUACAGGCAUAGCUGGCUUCUCUGCGAUUCCCGAACGGAACAGUUGAUUUGGCCAUGUUGAAAGAAGCGAAUAAAGCGACAAAAAAAAAAAAAA